GGGCUACAUUAUUGCAAGAUUGUGACUUUAAAAUUGUUAAUGUACUUUAUAAAUUUUUGCAUACACAAUAUCUUAACGGUACUGUUAAGAACCCCUGGUUUGAAUGUAUUCAUCGAAUUUUAAACAUGUGUGGUCUUUCAAAUAUAUGGAAUCAACAAAAGAACAUAAAUGGAAAAUGGAUAACAAAUACUGUCAAACAAAGACUUAAGGAUCAAUUCAUUCAAACAUGGUCGAGCGAUAUGUCCAAUUCAUCUAAAGGUAAAAUAUACAGAACUUUUAAAAUAGACUUUGGACCAGAAAAAUAUUUAGAAAAAUUGUCAAAAAAAUUCAGAACUAUUUUUCUUAAAUUUCGCACCACAAAUCACCGCCUCCUUAUAGAGACUGGUAGAUGGAUUGGUAUUCCAUAUAAUGAAAGAUUUUGUGUUUUGUGUAACGAAUCGAAAAUUGCAGACGAAUUCCAUUAUAUAUUAGAAUGCAAUGCUUUGUCAAAUAUUAGAAAAGAAUACCUACACAGUAGGUAUUACACAAGACCUAAUGUUAUUAAAUUUCAUGAAAUUAUGUCAACCAGUAAGGUUAAAACACUUAAAAAACUCUGUAUGUUUAUCUCAAAAAUCUAUGAGUUAGUCUGUCCUCCUUUAUAUAUUUGGUAAAUACUUUUUCAAUACAUGUAUAUUGUAUAUUUGUACAUAUUCUGACCUUAUUCUUACUCAAAUGUAUGUUUACUUAAUGCACCUCAUGUACCAUGUAUAAUGUGGUUUGAGUGAAUAAAAUGAACUUGAACUUGAACCUGACACCCACGUGACGGGGGACCCUCGCGGUGUUUCACGCCUCAAUACAAACCCACCCUAGCUCAUCUGGAUCCGCCACUGCCAGACAAAUAAUGAAUCUAUUCAUUUCCCUAUUGUUUUGGGGGAUUCCCCCCUUUUUUUUCGCUAUUUGAAAAAAAAAUUCUUGGUUUUUUGUUUGUUUUUUGCUAUUUUAUUUCGGACUAUCAAACCGUUGUAUGAUAUUACGCAAAUCUGGUCAAAGACUAGAAAAUUAUCAGAAGAGACUCAAAGACUGAAGUCAUUCCAGAACAAGACAUGACGAAUUGUUUAGAGGUGCCGAGAACUCUGUCCCGAUAAGAUAACCUAGAGAACUCCACAAUAGGACAUCAGAGAGACUGGGAUGAAAACUGGGAAAAUGACACAAGCUUCGCACUGUUUUAAGAUUUUUGUGUUGGUGCUCUGCGCCUGCGUAGGCCUAUCAAAUGGAUUCCUUCUGGCCGGGGACGCCUGCUCGUUUAACCAGAAAUGCACGUGCACAUACAAUCAUAUAGACUGUAGUUAUCGCUAUCUGACGUCAGUCAUGAAUUUCACGUCCUACAAUCAGCAAGCCUAUUACAUAGGUCUUAAUCACAACUUCAUUACAAGCGUCCCGGCGAACGCGUUUUCCUCCCUAUUCUCUGCGUCAUCUAGACGCAUCCUACUUAGGUUGGAUUAUAAUAGAAUUAAGACCGUAGAUGUGGAUGCAUUCAAGGGCAUGCCGGAUAACGCUACAGUGGACGUCUAUUUGAACGAUAACAACCUACAAACCAUUCCCUCCGCCCUGGAGAAAAUAACGGGGUUAUCGUCCCUGUAUAUUCAAAACAAUCCGUUGACAACUAUUGAUGUUUUGUCACGUAUUGGUCCAGUUUUAAGGUUAUUGAGUAUAAGUCUCAAUAAUUUUCAAUCCUGGCCACUGCAGCUUCAGAAUCUGACGAGCGUGAUUCAUUUGACAUUGGACAAAAUUCCUUUCAGGAACCUCAGCACUGAGGCUUUUAAAAGCGUUGAUACUCUAACAUCGCUAACUAUUACAAACUCGGAACUAGAACAUGUUCCAGAAGCUAUAUGUGCGCUCAAAGACAUGCAAUUAUUCUAUUUCAAUAAGAACAAAAAGUUGAAUCACAACAAUAAAGUUUUGGUGCCGUGUCCAGGAUAUGCUUUGAAUUACGUUUCGUUUGUUGAUAUGAGUGAAAACGAUCUAACUGUUUUCCCAAACGUAUUCGACACGUUUCCCUCUGUCAAACGGCUUCAGUUGACGGGUAAUAAAAUCCAUUACAUCCAGCCCGAUGUUGCUCCGCACAACCCUCUGGUCGAGAGAAUGUACAUUAACGAUAAUGGUAUGAAGCGUAUUCCUGGACGACUUGGACAGUUUUCUGCUCUAAAGCGUCUGUAUCUAUCAAACAAUGACAUAUCCACUAUGGAGGACUGUGAUCUCGCGGGAUUGAGGUUCCUGGAAGAGUUGGAUUUGAACGGCAACCCAUUGGAGUACAUUUCCCCCUCCGCGUUAAAGGACGCCCAUCUCCUUAACCGGGUAGAACUCGGUCACACCAACCUUCACCAAAUCCCGGACGCACUUUCAGCUCUCGCGAAACUCUCGUAUUUGAACGUAACCGGAAGUCCAAUCAACUGCGACUGUUCCAUGAAAUUUCUUGGAUCUAUUCGGCCAAUAGAUGUACAGGGCACCUGUUCUUCCUCACAGACAAUCAAUGAGUUUGUCGCCAGCUCUCUAGGGUCUUGUCCAUAACUCACCUAAUUAAAUAUCAAACCGAAGCCAGAAUUCCACGAGUUUCCCGCAUCUUAAACUCACUCUUAAUGUAAACAAAUUAUCUGAAUGUUAUUGUAUAUAUGUGCACACAAAAUUAAAGCAAGUGAGAGAA